AUGCGGUUCUCUCAGAUCGCGCCCCUUGCCCUUUGGGUAGGUCAAGGUUCGGCGAGUGGUGGUCAGCUCUUCCACGACACUUUCCAAUUGAAUGAGCUACCGAACAUGGUGUCACUGGCCGAUGCCAAAAUGAAAGACAUCGUACUCCCCGACUCCCUGUCUGACUUCACCGAGUGGAUCGGGGGCAUCGCAGAACCGCAGGCCUUUGGCUUACAGCCCAGGCAAAGGCAAUGUGUCGACCCAGGUUACUCGGUCUCGGAUGUUGUCCCGGAGGCAGCACCUGUAUCUCCACCGGCUGCUGUCGCGGGAACGCCAAAGAAUGCGGCUCAGGCCGCUGUUACGAUCCAUCAUCACAAAUCUGCUGCAGCAGCGGCACGGCGUGUUUGA